UUCUCUUCACCUGACGCCAUGGCUCCUCUCCGUCUCCCCUUCCUCCUUUUCCUCUUGUUCCUCUGGGCCUCCGCCUCUGCCUCCGCUCCGCCACCGUCGUCGUUCCACCACCACCAUCACCACUCCCACAUCCACCACCACUCUUCCCAUCCCUCGUCCAGCCUCAGGGGUCCCUCCCCCGCCCCAGCGUCCGCCCCCUCCUCCGCCAUCAGCCAGGCGUGCUCCGCCACACGCUACCCUGACACCUGCGCCAUAACCCUGUCCCAAUCUGCGGCGGGCCACGGCGCCAUCGACUUGACCAGGUCCGCGAUCCUCGCCUCCGCCGCUUCGCUCCAGACAGCCCGAUCGACGGCCGACGCGAUCCUCGCGUCCUCCGGCUCGGACAAGAACCGCACCAACGCCGCCCGCAACUGCAUCGAGCUCCUCGGCUACUCCGCCCGCCGUCUCGGCGUCGUCACCGCACCGGGGGUCCUCGAGUCCCACGUCAAGGACGCCCGCGCGUGGUUGAGCGCCGGGUUGACCUACCAGUACGACUGCUGGAGCGCUCUCAAGUAUGUCAACACCACGAAGCAGGUGGACUCCGCCAUGGCCUUCCUGGCGGACCUUCUCAACGUCACCAGCAACGCCCUCAGCAUGGUCUUCGCCCUCGAUCGGUUCGGCACGGACACCGCCUCGUGGGGGCCGCCGCAGACGGAGAGGGACGGCUUCGUCCCCGCCACCGGCGCUCCAUCGAAGGAGAGCCCGACGCUCCCCUCCCGCCUCCAGCGCGGCUUCGACUCCCUCUCGCCGGACGUGGUGGUCUGCAAGGACGGCUCGAACGGCUGUCUCGGGACGAUUCAGGCGGCCGUCGACUCGGCUCCGAGUCACGGCUCGGCCUUGUUCGUCAUCAAGAUAAAGGAAGGGGUCUACGACGAGAUCGUCCGGGUGCCCUACGACAAGACCAACGUCGUCUUUUUAGGAGAUGGCAUGGGCAAAACCGUCAUUACAGGCAAUCUCAACGCCCAGAUGAUCGGCGUCUCCACUUACAAUACCGCUACAGUUGGAGUGAACGGCGAUGGCUUCAUGGCCAGCGGAAUAACAUUCCAGAACACUGCCGGGCCGGACAGCCACCAGGCGGUGGCGUUCCGGUCGGACAGCGACUUCUCCCUCAUCGAGAACUGCGAAUUCCUCGGCCACCAAGACACGUUGUACGUCCACACGCUCCGCCAGUUCUACAAGUCCUGCCGCAUCCAGGGCACCGUCGAUUUCAUCUUCGGCAAUUCCGCCUCCGUCUUCCACAACUGCACCAUCCUGGUCGCCCCCCGCCAGCUCUCGCCGGAAAAGGGCGCCACCAACACCGUCACCGCCCACGGCCGGACCGAUCCGGCGCAGGCCUCCGGGCUGGUCUUCGACAACUGCGUGAUCACUGGCACCGACGACUACCUGCGCUACUACGAUACGAAUCCGAAGGUUCAAAAAAGCUACCUUGGCCGGCCGUGGAAGCAGUUCUCCCGGACCGUGUUCCUGAACUCGUACUUGGAAAGGAUUAUCCGGCCUGAAGGAUGGGCGCCGUGGGAUGGUGAUUUCGCACUGAGCACGCUGUACUACGGUGAGUUCCAGAACACCGGGCCUGGCGCCAACAUCACUGGCAGGGUGCCGUGGAGCAGCCAGAUUCCGUCCCAAAAUGUCUACAUGUAUUCUGUUGAGGGCUUCAUACAGGGAAGCGAAUGGGCAGCAGCAGAUUCUUAGCUCUAUCUCUGCUUUUAUGUCUGUAUGUUGGAGAAAAAGGAGAGAGAGCAGUAGCAGUAAAAUAUCGAUAUUGGUAAUGAGUUGGAAAUUCUUUUGUCCCAUUCAUGGGGAUGCGUCAAUUUAGGCUUGUGCAAUUGUGUUAUGCUCAUUUGUGUACUAUCUAUUAGUAAAAGAAUUGUCACUAAAAUGACAUUUAUAGAUCCUUAGUUUUAGUC